AUGAAGAUCACUUCAAGGUCAAUUCUCAGUCCGGGCCGGCCCGGUUCUGGUCGAGAACAACUACCCACCACCCUCACAACUUCACUAAGUCGUCGUAGACUAAAACCCAGCCGCAGCAUUAAAGGUGGUGCAUCACCAGCAAUAUUGUUUCCUACAGGGACUGGCAAUAAGAAAAGAGGCUCCGGGUUCGAUAACCCGGAACCAUCUUCCCCUAAAGUAACCUGCAUUGGUCAGGUUCGGGUCAAGUCCAAGAAAAAACAUACUAAAAAUUUCAGAAGUUUAUCUAGAAGAAAAACCAUUAAUGGAAUAGAAGGAAGUUUCAGAAAGUUUGAAAAUCUCCAAAGAAAUAAUAGUACUAAUAAUGGUAGUAAUAAUAAUAAUAAUCAAAAAUGGGUUCAUAUUCCAUUGACAAUAUGUGAAGCUUUGAGGACAUUUGGGUCAGAAGUGAGUUGUUUGUUUCCAUGCAGAAGUUCAUGUUCAUCAACAACAAUGCAGAAACAAGAAAAAAAUGAUGAUGGAAAUACUUGUGGCGCAGUUCUUGCAAGGUGGUUAGUGACUUUGCAAGAUGGAGAUAAAACUGGUGUUGAAAAAGAGAUAGAAAUUAUGGUUGGAAAUGAUGAUGGUGAGAAUGUAAGAAGAAGAAGACAUGUGUUUCAAGAUUUGGAGAUAGUGAAUGAAAGUGUGAUAAUGGGAAGUAGAGAUGAUGAGGAAGGGAGAGUGAGUAUUUGUGUGCCACCUAAGAAUGCUUUGUUGUUAAUGAGGUGCGGAUCUGAUCCUAUGAAGAUGGAAGCUCUUGCUAAUAGAUUUUGGGAACCAAUGAUGGAUGAUCAAGAUGAAGAAUUUGGUCAUGAUGAAGAAGAUGAAAUAGAUAUGGCUAAUGACCAAGAAGAUGAUUUGCAAUAUCAUGAAGUUAGUCGAGAUAUAGUGGAAAUGAAUAUGAAACAAAGUUAUCUUAUUGCGCCUUUGACAGGAAUGGGUAUUGUUGUUGCUGAUAUAAAACAAAGUGUUCAAGAAGAAAAUGUGGAAAAAUGUAAUUUUGAAGAAGCAAAAAUUGAAAUGGAAUUGGAAAUGGAGGUGAAACAAACUGUUCAAGAAGAAUAUGAUGAUAAAAAAGAAAGCAUAGAAAUUAAUGAAGAAAGUUUUUAUCUUGAGUGUUUAUUUGAAGAAAAUGGAGAUCAAGAGCAAGAUUUUAAAAAGGAAGAAGAUGAAGAUGAUGAUGAUGAUUUUGAUAUGGAAGAUGCUUUAAAGGAAUUAUUUAGAGAAGAAUGUGUUCAAGAAAUUGAAACAGGGGAGUCAAAUAUUGAAAAAGUCAAACUUUUUGAAGAUAUGGUAACAGAAUCUAAAGAUAAUUGUGAUAAUGAAACACAAGAAGAGAUUGUAAUGGAGUUGGAUAAAGUAGAUAAUGAAAUUCUAGAGGAAGAAAAUGAGGAAACAGGUAACACUAGCAAAGCAUUGCCUGAGUGUUUGUUGUUAAUGAUGUAUGAGCCCAAGUUAUCAAUGGAAGUAUCAAAGGAGACGUGGGUAUGUAGUCGAGACUUCGUUCGUCCUAACUCAAGUAGGAAGAAGCCACCACAGCCGUUAGCCAAAUCAAUUGAGAGUCAAGAUGAAUCAAAGGUCAAUGGUUCUUCAACCACUAGUGAUCAUGUUACUACUCAUGAGCAAAACAGUCAUGUUUUGAGAAUGAGUACGGUUCAAUAUGAGUCAGGGCUGCACCAACCGGCUCGGUCCUCAUGCUCAUUCCCGGCGCCAUUGUCGAUGGCCACAUUGUUGGAGCAGAAGUUGGUAAACACAAUAGGGUACGAGCCGUUGGUUCUUACUAGAUGCAAAUCCGAGCCAAUGAGAACCGCGGCGGCUAAACUAAGACCAGACACUUGUUAUUGGAAAAACAAGCUAGAGCCACCGCGCCGAGCUUCUUUUGGUAUAGGCAUGGCUGGGUUAGGUUUUUAA